GUGAGGAAGGCAUAGUCAGUGAGAGUGAGGGAGGGAGGAAUAGAGAGAGGGGGAGCGAGAGAGAGCGAGCCGGACUGAAGCUCAGUUUCUCUCCCACAGGCACAGGAAGACUGAUCUCUCCUGCAGCUGAGCGCCACUGCUGCUACUGCUGCUACUGCUGCUACUGCUGCUUCUAGUGCAGGACUCCAUAUUUCCUCCUCUAUUACUCCUCUCCAGCUUGGAAAGGGUCACUUUGAGUCUAGUGGGCUGUUGGACAGAGGACACCAUGUGACCUGCAGGACAACAGAAAAAGGCAGGCAGCAUGCUUCUUCUGCGGAGGAUACUAGUGGUUUGCUUCUUGUUCUUCAGCUCCGCCAGUGGCGGGCUAUUUGAAAAAAGCUGGCAGAAGCCCAAUACACAGUCAAAAGGUGCCUCAGGCACAUGGGGAAUACCAGACUUGGGCAAAUGGAUUCCGGAUAUGCCUAUUCCAUCUUUGAAGCUGCCCUUUCCCUUCUUGGCACAGAAUGUGAAGGCACCACCUGCCACAACCAUGCAAAAUCCAACAACAGAAAGUCCACCAAAAAGUUCAGAGAUCAUCACCACAAGAGAUGAUACAGUGUCCGUGGAGGCACAGGUUGCCACAACCAUACAAAAUCCAGCAACGGAAAGUUCAGACAUUAUCACCACACAAGAUCACACACUAUCUGUGGAGGCACAGGCUGCCACAACCAUACAAAAUCCAGUAAAUGAAAGUUCAAACAUCAUCACCAAACAAGAUUACACAGUGUCUGUGGAAACACACGUUACCACAACUCUGCAAAGUCCAACAAGUGAAAGGCCAACAACAAGUUCAAAUAUUAUCUCCCAAGGUUACGCAGUGUUGGUGGAAGCUCCAACUAGUCCAACCUACCAGAUAAUCACACUCCACCCAGAGGAAACUCCAACCAGCCCAGCACAGAUAGGCACUCUGCUUCCACACAGGGGAACCAAACCUCCCAAAAAUAAUCUGCUCAGGGGAAGUCAGCAAACAGACAAGCCUAAGCCCUUGUCCGAGCCUGACCCCAACUUUGACCUUGAGUUCUGGCCUCCCAACAGAGGCAGAUACUCAGAAAAAACUCCACAGACAGCACCUCCUCCAGUUUCUACACGAGAAACCAAUGGAUAUGUCACUGGAACAUGGCAGGAACCAUCAACCUCUUCUACACAGGAAACAUCUACCUCCUCUGCACAAGUUAUCCAGAGGACCAAGCAGACCACAAAAUCUGCUGAAUUUCAAAAUGCUAAGACAAAAAGCCCUGAAAAUGACCAAAUUACAAACACUGAUUUCCAGUCAUUUACAACAUUAGAGCCCUGGCUGAUGACCUCUCUAACAAAAGUGAUUAAGUCAACAACUGCACAGCAACAGCCAGCUGUUUCAACAUCACUGCCCACUGAACCCACCACGAAGCUGCAGCUUAGUCUGACCACUGCUCUGGACAGAACACAAAUUGUGGAGGAGACUCCUGUGGCCCACCAGACUCCUGAAGUUGAAGCUACUAACGAGCAUCCUGAUAGACGUCCAUGGUUGGUGCUGAGUACAAGCGUGCCACAGGAGGGACACUUGGGCAGCAUCCCGAAUUUUACUCACACUGCCUUAACCACAGCCUCAUCAGCAGGAGGUUUAGAAAAGAACAAAGAAAAGCCCACUGAGCUGACAGCAACGGAGAGAGGCAGAGGAAAGAACACACCCACCAGCAUGACCACACUGAUGACCACAGAGAUGCCCACCACAGUAUCUGAUGACUGGCUGCCAGAUAUGAUCCAAGAGUCUGCACUCCCAGACUGCAAUGCGGAACAUUCCGGACUCUGCAAUUACAGCAUACCUUGGGCCCCGACUUACCCUUCUGACAACAGCAACAACGACAGCAUACCCACCAGCUCCUCCAACCAAUCACAGAGCCCCAUGCUGUUUCCAUCCCUGCCAAUGUUUGUGCCACUAUAUUCUGAUUGGAACAGUGCUAUGGCAUCCUGGGGUUUGGCAUGGGAAGCUCAUAUUUAUGGCAUGGGCACUGCAUUCUGUCUGAUCUCUUUGGCCUCCGCCCUUAACCUUCUCUGUCUGCCCCUGUGCUGCCCAUCGGGCUGUGGUUACUUUGCUCUGGUCAGCCUCUUCUUGUUGGCUGCUGGCUGCACUAGAGCUUUUACCCUGCUUUACGAUGCUUAUGGACACCAGGACCGCAUGACCUCCAUCGAGGCAUCUCUGCUAUUAUAUGAGGCCCCAUUCCCUUGCAUAACUGCAGCCUUUGGCCUGGUUUUCCUGCUCCUGUCCAUGCGCUCCCGCAUGCAGCUCUCCUAUUCCACCUUCCAGAGGCCUUGCUUCCUGGCCUGUCUGGUUCUGCUACACUUCGCCGCUGCCUUCGGUCCCGUCACGCUACUCCAGGUUGACCAGCAGGGGGCACCACUCUGCCUCUUCCUCUCUCUGAUCUCUAGAGGUGCCUUUGUGGCUCUAGCAACUUUCUUAUCCGUUGCCUACUUUGUGUUCUACUGCUAUGUACGUGCCGACUCCAAGCAUAUUUACCAUUUGAACAACACAUCACCAACCCCUGCCGAACGCUACAACCGUUGCCCCUUCGCAGAGAGCCAGGACUGGGACCGAGCUGCAGUUGCAAUGUUCCUUUCAGCCAUCUUUUCUCUGGCUUGUGCUGGCCUCCAGCUCUAUGCCAUGCUGCAUGCCCUGGGUGUUGCUGGAGGGGCCGAGGUCUUCCGGCCCUGGCCAUGGUGGGCCUUCCAACUAAGUUGCCGAGUAUGCGAGGCUGUAGUCUGUCUCACACUGGCCUUGGUAGUGUCACAACCCGUUUACUGCUCUGAACACAUCCCACAACCUGGCAGCUGUUGGAUGGAACUCUUAGCUGCCAAGUCUCCCAUCAUUCCUGGGAGCUACCAGUGGACACUGACGCAGCAGGAGAAGCUGGCUAUUUGUGACCCAAUCGGACAUGGUGAGACAGAAUGUCUGCCCCUCUACACACUUGUGGAUGACCGCAUGGGCAGCCUGAAUGGACUGGACCUAUUGUACCACAGUAACCGGGCUCUUGCGUAUCGGGACUUGGACCUUGACCUGCCUGAAACUGUGCCAAAUACCGGAGCUCCAUCAGUGGGCUCCUCAUACACCAGUGACUCCACAGCAGACCUGCGGCCUCCAUCGCCCAUCAACCUGCGCCGCAGCAUUGACGAAGCACUAUUCAGCGAAGCACUUUUCCCAAUGAGUCUUUUCAGCCCUAUGAGGCCUUUCACUUCCAGUGACCACUCCCUGGAAGGCAGGGACACAGGUUCUACUAGUGGCCCAACCUUCAGAGAGACCCAUCCAUCUGAUCCAGGCUUGUACCGAACAUCCUCCUGCAUGGAGAUGCAGGCCAAACCACCUCUCCCUGUUCAAGCCCAGCAGGAUGCACCUUCCUUAGCCUUUCCUCCCUCUCCAUCUCCCUCACUGACAUCGUCCUGCUGUUCUUCUGCAGAGCACUGGAGAGGCAGUUCCUGCUCUUGCUCCCUCUACAGGCCGUCUCUGGCAGGCUCUUCUCUGGUGCUUUGCUCCAGCCCAGAGGGACAAAAUCCUGCCGUUUCUACCACCAGUGGUGGCUCUGGAUGCACUGCCACAGCUGGCCAGCAAAGACACUACAGGACUCAGAAUUCCCAGGAAUAUUUAGAGCAGCGACCUGAGCUUGAUCAGUCCGUGCAAGAAGAGUUUAUCAGCGUGUGCAGACAGAUAGAUGCUCUCAGCGUCUGCAGUGAGACUAUUGACCUGUAAAGUAAGCCUUGAUAUAGAGCACAUACUGAAUAGAGAUCUGUACUGAGGGCAAUGGACUGAAUGAAGAACAGUGAAAGUAUAUGAGCGAGAGGUUUGAUGAUUGUCACUAAGGUGCUAUAGCUGAUCUUGCCUGCUCCAGAUUGUGGCCUAAAAACAAAUGUCCAGUGAGAUGAAAAUGUGCCAAAUGUUUGAUGGAUAAGAAUUGAUCAAUAAGUGGAUGAGCUACCUUUAUUGGACUAUUCCAUUCUGAAUAACUAAGUGCCAUCAGCUGCCAAAAGCUAUGAAGAGGUUUUUGUAGAAUAUUUCUCAAGUUUAUUGGUCACGAAGAUUUGUAAAGCUUUUAUGGAUUUUCUGCAGUAAUUUGAAAGUUUGUACAGAUUUGUACAAUAUUGACUCUUCGGCGAUAAUGGAUACUACUGUGAGUGAAAUAAGACUACUGACUACCAUAAUACAUGUAUUUUGAAGUGUAAUAGCACUACAGAUAUUAAACAUGAAAUAUAUAUUAACACGUCAACAGCCAAUAUCCUUAGAGAAGGCCUUUUUUGCUUUAAGCCUUCAUUUGUACAGCUUUCUCAUCUUGUUCUUCUGAAGCAAAUACCUGUGACCAAACAUGGUUUGAGGAUUGCAGGUCUGGGAGAAAACUAGCCCCAACCCUUCUGGGGAUUCUAUACUGCCAAUACAGCACCCUCUGCUGGUAGCUUUAGGUAAGAACUCAUUUUUUCCUGUAGCAUCAAGUUGACUAAGCACUUGAGUGACUGCCAUCCAUCUUCCUCAUUUAAAACGUUUGAUAUGAACUUCAAUUAAUAGUAAUUUAUUUAUGUGGAGUCUCAAGUCAUUGCUUCCAUGCAUUUUAAAAUAAAGGCAAACUUUUUGUACA